GGGGUUUGGGUUGGAAGUGAGGGGCACCGGCAGAGCUGUGGGGGGGGCGGAGGAUGAGAGCUGAGAUGAAAUGCGCAGAGAGCAGAUUCCUUUCUGGACUCAUGGAAUGCAUUAAAGACCUUCCCCCCCCCCACCCACACACACACCCCAGAGACUCCAACUGGUAAUGGAUGGGCUAGGAAGCCCCACCUUUCCCUGAUGGCAUCACCGGGGGGUGGGGGGGAGUAUAUUAAAGGAGCCCCUUGGUUCCAGGCAGUCCAGAGUAGCCGCAGGACACAGGAAGACUCCACUCCUGUUCCCUGUCUUAAAGGGGCAACCCUCCCAAUUAGCUCUGGGCAUCCGUCACCCCCUGGGGUACCCCUUGCCCCCUAGUCUCCGGUCCAGGCAUCCCAUCUGCCCUGGGCUGGUGGGCCACGCCCUGCUCCCGAUGCCCAUGCUCUCCUCCAACAUGAACUGCGUAGCCGAGUUCUUCACCUACGAGACCACCAAGUCAGUGGUGGUGAAGAGCUGGACCGUUGGCGUGAUCAACCGGGCUGUGCAGCUGCUCAUCAUCUCAUACUUCAUCGGCUGGGUGUUUCUCCAUGAGAAGGCGUACCAGGUGCGGGACACCUCCAUUGAGUCCUCUGUGGUGACUAAGGUCAAGGGCUUCGGCAAAUACACCAACAGGGUCAUGGACACGGCAGACUACGUUACACCCCCACAGGGGACGUCCGUCUUCGUGAUCAUCACUAAGCAGAUUGUCACGGAGAACCAGGUGCAAGGCUUCUGCCCUGAGAGCGAAGUGAAGUACAGCUGUGUGUCUGACAGUGACUGCCAGAGACCCGUCCCUACCACAGGAGGCGGAAUCCUGACUGGCCGGUGUGUGAACUACAACAGGAGCCUGCGGACCUGUGAGAUCCAGGGCUGGUGCCCGGCUGAGGUGGACACCGUCCAGGCGCCCAUCAUGCUGGAGGCAGAGAAUUUCACCCUCUUCAUUAAGAACAGCAUCCGCUUCCCGCUCUUUGACUUUGAGAAGGGUAACCUGCUGCCCAACCUCACAGCCCAGGACAUCCGGACGUGCCGCUUCCACCCAGUCAACCAGCCCUUCUGCCCCAUCCUGCGUCUGGGUGACAUCGUCCGCUUUGCCGGCCAGGAUUUUUCCAAGCUGGCCUCCACGGGAGGAAUUCUGGGGAUCAAGAUUGGGUGGGUGUGUGACCUGGAUCGCUCAUGGGAGCACUGCGUGCCCAGCUACACCUUCACCCGCCUCGACAGCGUCUCCGAGAAGAACAACGUCUCUCCCGGCUACAACUUCAGGUAUGCCAAGUACUACAGGCGGGAGAACGGCACUGAGUACCGGACCCUGAUGAAGGCUUUUGGCAUCCGUUUCGAUGUGCUGGUCUACGGGAACGCUGGGAAAUUCAACAUCAUCCCAACCCUGAUCAACACCGUGGCAGCCUUCACCUCCGUCGGGGUGGGCACUGUGCUGUGUGACAUCAUCCUCCUCAACUUCCUGAAGGGCGCAGAGCAGUACAAGGCAAAGAAGUUCGAAGAGGUGACGGAGGUGACCCUGCGCCACAGCCCCGUGUACAGGAGCAGCCAGAUGCUGGGAGGCCGGAAUGACGAGAAGCAAUCCACCGACUCGGGGGCCUACUCCAUCGGCCUCUAGUGCCCCUGCCCUUGGCGACCGGACAGUUUCCUACCCGCCCUCUGCUGCUGCGGGCACCUCGCCCCUGCUCAUAGGCAAGGGCAUCUUUUGUACACUCCCCUCCUGCGAGCCUCUGCUUCUUCCAUCUUCCUCAUCACCGGCCAGUCUUCCUCAUGGGCCCCCUCGCCAAGGGGGCGGAAAUCUCUCCUCUGGCACGUCCUCAUGAAAGCACUGCCAUCUCCCUCAGGAAGCAUGUACCAUUCCCUCCCCGUUGAACCUGGGCAGUGCCAGGGAGCAGGCACGGCAGACACGGGCCAGCUUGGCUGCUGCUGGCACCGGCGCCACUCAGUUACCAGCAUGCCUGGCACUGUACAAGAAAUGGGCAGCACUCCUCCCCCUGGGGAGCGUGUGCUCCUCAGCAGGGGGCGCUCUCUCUGGGUUUGGCUGGGUGCUGAGAGCUCGGGAGGGCGCCCUUGGGACUGAGGGGUGGAUGGGAUUGGUUCCCUUGUCCCAGCAGGGGGCGCUCUCUCCAGCUCAGGUGCUCUCUCCAGCACUGAGAGAGGCACCCCAACGGUAGGAGUGUGGGGUCUCCUUUCGCCAGCGGGGGGGGGGGGGUGGCUCUCCCCACCUUUGCCCCUAUUUCCAUCCUGGCAGAUUCCCAGAUUCCGGAGUGGGGAGGAGGAAACAGUCCUGGGCGGGACGGGGCAUCCGGGCCCAGGGACGUGCUAUUCCCCCCCUCCAGUGCUGACUCCAUUCUCCCAUGCCAGGGCUUUUUAAUCAAUAAAACUCACUUUCUCAUCA